UGUUUCAUUUUAUAUUGUUUAACUUUUCCAUUUUUCUGCUUUCUUCAUCUCACGAUGUUUGGUCUGAUAGAUCUGGCAGUGUGGGGGAAGUCUUGAAGUCCACCCAUGUUCACAUGUGGGUCAUGUCUUUCCUAAACAAGCCCCAUAUUCCCGUAGUAAAGCAUUGGCCAACAGUGUUCGAGCAGCAGAAGUAUGGAUGGAUGAAUUUAAAGAUCUCUACUACCACCGCAACCCACAUGCCCGAUUGGUAAGUCUUGCACUAAACAAGGAUCGGGAUGUUAUAUAUACAAUACGUGCUUUCAAAUUAAAUAUGACACUUUUCAGAAUCGCAGUGUAUAAUGAGAGGUUCACGUUUGGCGGCCUACAUACAAGUAUCUGUCUGCCCCAGAUUAGUGGGAGUGACACUCCUGAGCGGCAGCUGUCACCAUUUUAAUUCGUCACAAUCCCAAGCUGAAUCAUUGAUGGCAGCUGAAAUAUGUACUGUCAGGGAUUUUAGCUCCUACUAACCUCUUGCACCACUGGUUCAUGCCUACAUACAUACAUACCUACAUACAUGCAUAAAUAAAUAAGGGGCUGAUUUAUAGAAGCAUGUUUGGAGAAGGUUUAUUAAUGCAGUGAUGAUACAGUACUAGAUCAUGUUAACAUGGCUACGAAAGUUGUAGAUGCUGCAAAAGUUUUACUCCGCAGGGGAUUAGGAGGACACCACCCCACUAUUUCAGCGAUUGGGGAGAAGGCUUAGAUAAAGAACCCCUUAACACUUGUGUUUGGGAGAGGAAAAGGGCAAAACGCUUCAGUUUACUCUGUUUAUAUCACGGAGUAUCCUAUAUGUUUAUUUUGCAUGUUAACCACAUUGAUAGCUUGAAUAGGCAAAGUUUGGGGAGCUGCCUUUAUGCUUUCAAAAGGCUUGUGUGCAAAGUGUGUUUUGGUUGCAACUUUAUUCAGCAAUUAGUCUAAACUUGAUGUCUAGGUUGAAAGUUGCCACCCUGCUACUGCUGAAUUCUCCCUUGAACUCAACUAAAUAUACAGAUUUUAGUACUGUGAUUGGCACAGCACUGUUGCAACCCCUUCUCCAAAAGAAAUCUUAUGUAAUUUAGUGCUUUUAAUGGAGUAUUCACAAGGAGGUGAAAAAACUUGUUUUGAGAACACACUGGAAAACCGUAUUUAUUGCAGUUUCACUUGACUCAAUGCAUCCCUAUGAACAGCGUUAAUUUAGUUUUUGCCAUAUUUUAGUCAUUUGAAUGACUAAAAAAUGUUUUAGUUUUAGUCUAUUUUUCGACGACUAAGUCUCCAGUAGAUUUUAGUCCAUGCAGUUCAGUUAAAUCCUCUGUCUGUCUCUUUUACCUCUUUUCCAGCCCCUCUGUGGAUCUUUGAGCCCCCCACCAUCCCCUGUUGGUGUUUCUUUCCCAAGCCGCCAUCUGUCUCUUUUACUCCUUCCCCAGCCCCUUUGUGUCUCUUUGUAUCUCUCCGCCCCUCUAGGUGUUUCCGCCCCCAAGCCCAUGUUUGUCUCUUUUGUCCUCUUAACUGUCUGUCUCUUUGCUUCCUCCCCCAGCCCCUCUGUGCCACUUUGACCCACCCCCCUCACCCCCGGAGCCUCUCUGUGUCUUUCUCUUCACAGCCCCUUUUGCGCAUCUUUUCCCCCCUUUUUCUUCCCCAGCCCCUCUAUUUCACUUUGUGUCCCCCCCAGCCCCUCCAUGCAUCUCAUCUCCCCCAGCCCCCUCAUGUGUCUUAUUCCCCUAGUCCCCCUCUCAUGUCUCAUUUCCUUUGGCCAGCCCUCGUCUUCAUUUCCUCCCAACCCCCCAUGUGGCUCAUAUUCCCUCCCAACCCCCAUGUGUGGCUCAUUCUCCUCCCCCACCCCCCAUGUGGCUCAUUUCUCCUCCCAACCCCCAUGUGGCUCAUUCUUCCUCCAACCCCCCAUGUGGCUCAUUCCCUCCCAAUCCCCCCCAUGUGGCCUUACCCUCCCAACCCCCCAUGUGGCUCUAGAACUAAGAAAUCCAACACAAAAAGAAAGGUUGGAGUGUACUAUUGGUGAGUAUUAACAAUAUAAACCACUUCCUUAAAUUGUGCACCCUAAUUAGUGAAGGACUGAAAGCUGCAGGGUUGCUCACCUAGAUGCAUCUCGCUUGAAUCAUGUUUUUGACGAUGGAUGAAAGGUGUAAAGUUAAACUCUUCAUUAAGUCCCCCUGGUGUCAGGAUCUGAAAUUUGUAAAUCCAUUUUGAUUCCUUUCUCAAAAGUUGCAAUUUUUAGGCAACCCUAAUUUUUAAACUUGAAUUCAACUUUAAAUGUUUUUCCUUUUUAUUAUUUUUCUCCUAAUUUAUUUAAUUGUUUUUGUGUGGAAUAUGCUCUAUUCAUUUAAGGGUUAAUGUGUAAUUUUUAACUAUAAGAAUAAAAGUUAAGUUUUAUAUUGUGUAACUUUGUUAUAAGAACAAUAUAGCCCAGUGGUUCCCAAACUUUUUAGGUUCAAGGCGCCCUUAAUAUUUCAAUAUUUUUCCAAGGUGCCCUAGGUCCAAAAAAUGUCUAGGCUGUAUAAAUAUACUGGGCCCCUGUUCAGCAGAAAUGUUUCCCUGUCAAGGGCGAAUCUAGAACCUAAUUUUGGGAGGGGCACUGGUAGAUUAUUUAAAGAAACAAUCCAGGCACAAUAACCACUACAGCACUAUGUAGUGAUUAUAGUGCUAGGAGUGCUGUGGUGUCCUCCCAGGGUAGGUAGUCAAACUGUUUAAGAACAGUUUGACAAAUUACCUGGGGUCUGCCAGGAAAGGGACUGUAGAAGGGGAUAGGCACAGUAGUGUGUUUGUGUGAGGGGUUCAAUGUAUGUGUGAGGGGUGCAAUGUUUGUGGGGUUACGUUUGUGUGUGAGGGGUGCAGUGUGUGUACGGGGGUGUACUGAAUUUGUGAAGGAUGUAGUGUGUGUGUGUGUGUGUGUGUGUGUGUGUGUGUGUGUGUUUGAAGGGUCCAGUGUGUGUGAGGGGAAACUGUGUGUGUAUUGAGGGCUACAGUGUGUGUAUUGAGGGGUACAGUGUGAGUGAGGGGUACAGUGUAUGUGUGUAUGGGGGCAGUGUGUGCAUUGAGCAGGUGUGUGUGUGUGUGUGUGUAUGUAUAUAUAUUAUUGGGGAAAAAUUUUUUUUCAACUCACCCCUCCCUUCUUACCUUUGCCUGGGAGGGGGGACAGUACUAAUCCCUAGUGGUCCAGUGGAGAAGCCCUGGUGGUCCCAGUGGUGAGAGUGAACUCUAGCAGCUCCAGAGUUCACUCUGGUGAGAUUUGGAGCGUUGCCAUGGUAACAGCAAUGCUCCGAGCAUGCGAGAGGAGAACCCGCGGGAGCUGCAAGUUAGAGCUUCCCUGGCCCCUCUCUCCCUUCCCUGCCUGCUGCCAGCAUUACAGUGCUAGCGGGCUGGAGAGUCGAGAUCUCUGAUCUCCCCUCCGGUCUUGCAGAGCUGGCACAGGAGAGUGAGGCACGUUUCCUGGUGCUAUGAUCAUGGCACCAGGGAAAUAUUUUGCGGCGCCCUAGUAGUACACUCCAACUUUUCUUUUUGUGUGAAAUUUCAAUAUAGUUUUAGUCAUAGUCUUUUGACUAAAAAGCAAUUUUAGUUUGUCGUAUUUUAGUCAUCUGAAUUGUUUUAGUCUACUUUUAGUCGACUAUAUCUGCCAAAAAAUGUUCUUUGACGAAAUUAACACUGCCUAUGAAGAGAUGCUGAUUCACAUAGCGUGUUAACUUACCAUGCAUGUGCACCAGCGUAAGAUCAGGAUUGAUAAUCUCAGAGAAUAGUGCAUCAUGUGAAGAAAGAUGAGUGCAUCUCUUUUUUUUUUUUUUGUGUAUGUGUGUGUCAGUCAUUAGGAAUGCUAUAUUGUCCCUUUUGGCCUAUUAAAGAUAGUAUUUUCCAAAUAAUAUUAACUGGAUUAAUUAUAGUAAGAUUAAAGAUUUAAGCAGUAAACCAUAAUGCUGAUAUAACAGUCAAAACAUUUGUUUUCUGGAUUGUAGGUAUUAUCCAAAAUUACACAUCAUGGCCAAAUUUCAUAUUCAAAAUGUUAAAAUAUCAAAAAUAUAUUGUAUAUAAAAACAUUUCAUUAUAUCAAAAACAUCAGAAUAUUACAAAUUUUUUAUAUUUUUCAUAAUAUUAAAUAAUUUUAAAAGUUUAUCUAAAAGUAUUAAAUCAAGGCCUAUAUUUAUCAGUAACUAUUAUAUUAUAUUGACCAAACCUAUUAUAUUGUUGGUAGCCUGUCUUACUAGAGUUCAUCUGCUCCCAUUGUAGGAGCCCUAUGGAGAUGUAACAGAGAGAAGACAACUUCGAGACAAUCUGAAAUGUAAAGAUUUUAAAUGGUUCCUGGAGAAUAUUUACCCGGAAAUUCAUGUUCCUGAGGAUGUUCCAGGCCAAUUUGGAAUGGUAGGUUGAUAUUCUAUUGUUAAUAUCUUUCAGAAUUUUUUUUUUUUAUAACUGUUUAUUUAAAACAGAAGUAAAGCAUUACUGUGAGUCUGUGACCAGCUUUCAUUUUAGAGAACCACCAUUACAGACAUUUAGAUUCGGCCUGUCACAUAAACAGUCCACAUCAAAAUAAAUAAAAACUAACCUUCUGUGCUUUUUAUUUUUUAACGAGAAGUAUACCGUACAUGAAGGUAAAACUCACUUGUUCUACCCAAAGUAAUUUUGUGGUGGAGGUGGGUGAUUUUCCUCAUCCCUCAUUCUAGUUAGUCUGUUGGAUUUUGGUGUGCAAUGCUACAUGAUGAAUACAGACAGCUCUGCACUAGGUUGGCAAAAUUGUUGUAAUUGAGAAGAGAGGAAGUGACCUUCUGAUCGAAAGGGGAUAAAUCAAUGGAUCAAAGUAUGAAGAGGGGAUGAUAUCUAAUGUUAGAGAGUGAGAGAGAGGAAGUGGAAUUGGUAGUGGAGGAAGAGGUACAUCUAAUGGGCAAAUAGGAAAAUGAAUCUUAUCAAGUCAGCAGUCCCUUCUUGAAGAGAGUUUGGAUGUUUGAUGGAAAAGAGGUUACCAGCUUACAGGGGAUAGGUGAGUGGUGUGUGAAUGGGCUGCAAGGAAGCAAUUACUAGUUGGUUACAUGUUAAAACAGCUUGUGCGUGAGCUGGUUAUGUAUGGGGAGCAGUGAUUAGAGUGUGAGAUUCUUGUAGAACAGUUGUAAAAGGGAGGUAAGAGGCUCAAAGGGAAAGCAGUCAGGAGUCUCAUAUCCUAAAUUAGCCCGAGGGCCAUGGUCACUGCUGGUCCUCUCCAUUUCCAUUAUUUAAUUUUUUUUCCCCCAUAAUUUCUAUUUAUUUUUUUUUAAAGUUUUUCACAUACAUAGCUGGAUAUACAAAAUGUGUUACAUUUGUAAUUUUUGUCAGUUUCUCCAACCACACAUACACUAGCUUCCACAGUUAGAAUAUUAAAAAAUAUUUAGCAAUCUAAAGAUUGUCAGGAUUUAAUCUUAAUUUAUGUUCCAUGUAUACAUUAAUAAGACAAUAAGACAUGGUCUGUGCAACCGGUUGUGUCUCCACUCACCCAGUACCAUAAGUCUUAAAAAAAUUAUAAUUAGACUUUGAAUCCAUCAUGAUAUGAGCUUAUCCAAGGUUCCCAUAUUUUUAUGUAUGUGCCAUAUCUUUGAAAAGCCGAUAAGUAGCCCUUUUCCAUCGUAAUCAAAUGUAUUUGAUUCAAGACCAUUGUCAGAGGGAUUUCUUGUUUUUCCUCCAUAUUCUAGAUAUAACUACCUUCAUGGUCAUAAAAAUCUGAAUAGUCAAAAAUGUACUAUGUUUGUUGAUAUUUUCUAGAUUUAAGUGUAAUAUGGCUUUUACUGGGAUGGUGAGAUUUUUAUCUUUUUAAAAUAUCUGAAAUUAUUUGAAAAACUUUGAUCCAUGUAUUGUGGACUAAACUACAGGAAAACCAGAUGCGUUUAAAAGUUCCUUCACGUAAACCACAUCUCCAACAUAAUGAACAGUGAUUAGAAUCAAUUUUAUGCCAUCUAGUGUGUUUUCAUUCAGGUUACAGAGAGCAGACAGGAGGCAUCAGGGCAGUUGAGGUGGUUGUUUGGGAUGUUAAAGUCCACAAGUAUUAGGGAAGGAAUGCUAGAGGAGAGAAAGUGGGGUAGCCAGAUAGAAAAGUGUUCAAUGAAUAGCCUAGGAUGACUUGGGGGGAGAGGGCGAUAGAUGAUGGCAAUUCUUAAAGGAGUGGGCUUAAAUAUGCGGAUAGUGUGAACUUCAAAGGAAUUAGAAUAGGGCAGUAGUAGGGAGGAUAGGUUGAAAAGUACAUUGAGGGGAGAGAAGGAUGCCUACACUGCCGCCUUUGCAGUGGAGUCUGGGAGUGUGGGAGAAUUGUAGUUCACCGAAACAUAAAGAAGCUUUCAACUGCAAGGUUUUCAACAAGGAACUUUUUAACUCAGACUGUGGAAGACAGAGAUGAUAGGGUAAAAAAGGCCUGCAAUAAAGCUAUGCAAUGGAGAUGCACAGUGGAGGUGAAAAUUGGUCAAGGAAGACCUUUGGUUAUGUCUAAAAAAAAAAAAAUAAGGGGAGGGGGGGUGUUUUCUGUAUCCACUUUUUCUGAAAUACCCCAUAUUUUCAGUUUUUUUUGUCUUGCUCUAUCUUCUGCAUUUGUGAGUUGAGCUUCUAGUGUAUUCUUUUUUUUUUUUCUCCAUAUAGUUAUAUCUAUUUCUCUGUUCAUUCAUUUCAAAUUAGAGUGAUUCAACAUCAUGUUAAUUUUCUUUAAUUCUUGUGUUCAUUUUAGUCAUUUCUUGUUUUAAAUCACCAAUAUGGAUUUUAAGUUCCUCUUUAAUUUGAUUUAGUUGAAUUGUUUAAUAUAAUCUUGCGAUGCGACAUGUAUUUCUGGUGAUUUUGGACUUGUAGUUUUUGAACUGUGUGGUUCAGGUUCAUCAAUAUCAUUAUCUGUAAUAUUGGAGAUAUUUUCUUCCACCAUUAACAGUCUAGGUUUGGGGUCUGUUGAUUUGGGAGAGUGAAAACAUUUAGGUAGUCUUCUUUUACUUUCAAGAGGGUUUUCCUUUUUUUUUUUUUUUCUCCUUUUUUGAUAUUGGUUUGUUUUCAUCAGCUUUUUUGUUCAUCAUAUUGUUGUUCACUUCAAAGUCUCCUAUCUUCGUUCCUCUUUAAAUCUGGGGGAGAAUUUUGCUCCUUUGAAAUCCAAAAAAUUAAAGUUGGUAUAAUAAUAUAAUUUCUUACCAGAAUUACUUUCCCUUCUGUGUAUUAGCUACUUUUUUUUUUUUUAAGCUAUAGUUUCUCAGCAAUUGUAGUUGUAUUUUGCAAGAAAGAAAAUAUAAAGUUGUCUGUAGCUUUUCAAGUAUAUAGAGAUUUAUAACUUAUCACUCCCUUAAUAUUCCUUCGGCAUGAGGAUUCUAUAGUUUAUAGACACUCUUUAAGUUAUCUUUAGCUAAUUUGCAAUCAAACAUUAAGCUUGAGAAAAUAGUAUGUUUUUAAAUGCAGGAGUUAUGCUGGAUAUUAUUUUACACCAUUUAACCACAUAUCAUCCAGACUCCCUGCUAACUUACCUGUCUGGCAAGAGGCUCUAGGCAUUGACCACGGCCUUCAGGCACCGACCACGGGUGUAUGACCCCAGCAGGGCUUUAUAUAAGUAGUACUAUUGGCUGCCCUUUAAUGGUUGUUGAAACGCUGUACUUGCCACUUAUGAGAUUGUAUGUAUGGCAGAAAAGACUUUCUUGCUGCGGCGUCUGCUUCGGCAUCGGCAUGUCAGAGGGAGAAGGGAAGCACUGGCCCUUACUUGCGCGCAAUCUGGACGCUUCGCCCACUCAGCGUCCUAAGUCAUGACGCCACGACUGGCAUCAUAGCACCAGAUAAAUAUUUUGCGGCGUCCCUGUGUGCCAGUCAUACUGUUUAGGAACCGCUGCUAUAGCCCCAAUAGUACACUCUAGCCUUUCUUUUUUGUGUGAAACUUCAAUAUAGUUUUAGUGAUAGUCUUUUGACUAAAAAGCCAUUUUAGUUUUAGUCGACUUAAUCUGGCGAAAAUUUUUAUUUGACGAAAUAAACACUGCCUAUGAGGAGAUGCUGAUUCACAUAGUGUGUUAACUUACCAAGCAUGUGCACCAGCCUAAGAUCAGGAUUGAUGAUCUCAGAGAAUAGUGCUUCAUGGGAAGAAAGAUGAGUGCAUCUCUUUUUUUUUUUUUUUAAAUUUCAUUUGUAUAUGUGUGUAUCAGUCAUUAGGAAUGCAUGUUUAUAUUCCUAAUGCUAUAUUGUCCCUUUUGGCCUAUUAAAGAUAGUAUGUAUUUCCCAAAUAAUAUUAAUAAAUGGAUUCAUUAUGGUAAGAUUAAAGAUUUAAGCUGUAAGACAUAAUGCUGAUAUAACUGUCAAAACAUUUUGUUUUCUGGCUUGUAGGUAUUAUCCAAAAUAAACACAUUAUGGCAAAAUUUUAUAUUUUUGAAUAAACUUUUAAAAAAAAAUUUCAAAAAUGUUAAAAUAUCAAAAAGAUAUUCAGACAAAAUGAUCCAAAUCCUCGGUCACUGUGCUGACACAAUUUAGGCAAAUUCAGUAGAAUUAAGCUAAUGUUUCAGCACAGUGACCGAGGAUUUGGAUCAUUUUGUCUGAACGAAUGUGUUGCUGCCUAUGUACAUCCACUCCCACACUUCCCUUUUCUCCAGCACACAGACGGGUGAUGUGUGGUAUUGUUUAUGUUGUUAUCCCCAACUAAUAAAUCUCAGUGGAUCAGUAGACAUAAUAUACUGAAAGUAGUGAAGAAUUCAGUAACUAAUGUCUUCAUUUUAAAUAAGAGAUAUUUUAUUUUAAAUGGAAAGCUGGUGCAGAAAAUUCACAAUUAUUUGAUGUUCCAUAACACCCACUAUUCAGAGCUGUUUCCUUUCUGUAGAAUAGUGGAAAUUCUGUUAAGCAAGUUGAUGGCCUACACAUGCAUUGACGUGUAUGCUGAGUACUAAAUAUCCACCACUUACCCCCUGUUUAUAAAAAUAAUGUUCCAUUUGUCUGGAGGAAGGUAAGACCUUACCCUAGAGCAGUGAUGGAGAACCUUUUUGAGCCAGAGUGCUCAAAGUGCCAACACGGCAAUUAAACCUGAAUACUGAGGUCUAAGUUUAGAAAAAACAACUCGUACAGUUGUCCGAAUUAAUUAACAACUUUUGUUUUAAAAGAAGAACACAGAAACAGAGAGUUCAAUGAUACAAAUUUUAAAUCAUGAUAUAAAUAGAUAAAAUAAAGCUUAUAUUUGUUAGUAUCUCCAACAAAUGCAAUACAUACACACAGUCUGCUGAAUACACACACAGAUUGCUGAGUACACACACACACACACACAGACUGCUGAGUAAACACACACACACAGACUGCUGAGUAAACACACACAGACUGCUGAGUACACACACACACAGACACAGACUGCUGAGUAAACACACACACAGACACAGACUGCACAGUGUACACACACACAGACUGCAGAGUGUACACACACACAGACUGCUGAGUGUACACACACACACAGACUGACUGCUGAGUGUACACACACACACAGACUGACUGCUGAGUGUACACACACACACACAGACUGCUGAGUGUACACACACACACACAGACUGCUGAGUGUACACACACACACACAGACUGCUGAGUGUACACACACACACACUGCUGAGUGUACACACACACACACUGUGAGUGUACACGCACACGCACACAGACUGUUGAGUGUACACGCACACGCACACAGACUGCAUUGAGGGGUGCAGUGUAUGUGUUUGUGUGUGGGGUGCUGUGUGUGUGUGGUACUGUGUGUGUGUGGGGGGUGCUGUGUGUCCUGGGUAGGCCCAAGGCCUGCAGUAGAGAUGCUGUGUCCCGGAGGUCUUGGAUCUGGUGGGAGUCCAGCCCAUGUUGGACCGUGAGCGUGCGGGAGGGUUGCAAGCGGUAGCCGACAUUUUGCUGUUGGAGCAGAGAGGUGAGUGAUCUUCGCCAAGCUAAUGUGUCACUCGUCAGGUCUUUGAAGAAAGUCAGCGUCUGCUUACGUGCGGCAAUUCAGCCUCUGGGAUUGCUUCUGGCACCCCUCUGUCAUGCAUUCAUCCGCACAUAAACAUUUAGUUAAUGGCAUUUACUGACAGGAAAAGUUGUCCUGAGCAACAUUACCUUCCUGACAGGAAAAGUUGUACCAAGCAGCGAUCAUGCACAUGGAAACCUGGUAAUUACUUUUGGGAUCAAAGGCCAAUCAUGGUCAAUCAAAUCCACAGGAGGAUUUGUGCAGACUUGGUAAUUGCCUUUGAGGUCAAAGGCUGGUUACAGCCAAUCGGAUCCACAGGAGGGGUAUUUAAACCCAAUUUUCCUUUUGCUCAUUUCCCUGUCGGGGUUUCAUGACUAUGGUUAUCCGAGAGUGCGUUCCUGAUCUUGAUUUUCUGGUAUUUGGCUUUGUUUUGACUUCCCUGAUAUCUGGUAUCCUUGACUUUUGGCUUUCCCUCAUCUUUGUGUCUGAUUCUGUGUCCCUGACCUUGGCAAGUAUUUUGACUAUUAUUGGAGACGUUAUGUCCGGUUAUACGUUAUCCUUAGUCCUAGGUGUGACCCAGUACUGCGUGCUGAAUAACCUUGUAAUCCUAUUCUUGAGGUUCUGGUUCGGGAGUUUGGAGUGCUAUUUUGUAUGCAGUUUGGGAGUUUGGAGCAUUCCCUUGUAUUCAGUUCAGGAGUUUGGUGUUCUGCAGUAGCUGUGCCUGCAUCUCUGGAAGGGGAAGAUCUACUAAACGGCGGUUCACUCCUUUAUGCAGGGAGUGCCGUUACAAUUGGUGGCAAGCGGCGGGAUCGUUCCCACAGCCAGAAGGACAGCUACAGGAGACACCAUUCCGUGGAUUUUACAAUUUGAGGGCAACGCAUGUCCCAGUACAGCGACCCUGACCGCACCGGGAUGGAACCAGCAGUGGAGUACGAUGAGGGUGUCAUGGAUGGCCGAGAUGAAGUCCGCAAAGGCAUCUGGUACCAGGCACUGGGUAUUGUGGAAUACCAGCGGGACGAGAGAUUCCUCAAGGAAGAGCAGUGGUUGCAGAAGCGAGUAGCCCUGCGGAUUCCCUUCCUGGGAGAGCAUCCCCGGGAGGAAUGGAUGAAGAAAUUGGAACACCUAGUAUGUCAGGAGAUGUGGUUGGAAGAUGCCUACCAGGUUCUCUAGUGGUAUGGGGCACAGUACCUGCCCCGGACAGCCGAACAUGACAAGCCAGAGGGAGAGGAGUUUGAUGGUCCUGGCUUGUUAUGGGAGACUUUUUCAGAGCCUGAGUUUGGGAGCCCUACACAAGCCCGGUUCCGUGAUCUCUUUGAGUGGAGGGAGAGCAGGUAUGACUGGGACGACACUUACAAGAUUGAGCAAGACCUAGUCCACCUGGUGACCCGGGAGAUCGAGCUGGAACAGGGCUACCAGCAGCUGUUCCACUCCAGUGAGAAGGCUCAGCAGGAGAGCAGAGUGACAGACCCAGAGCCAGACCCAUUCAGCUGGGACGAGAUAGUGGAGUUUUGCUGGGAGGAAGAACAGGUGGCUCGUGGAGAUGGGACCGAGGUCUUUCCACCUGUCCUGCAGGGAAUUGGGAGCCCAGUCUCCAUUCCCCAGCGGCAGGCUGAGUUACAGGCGGCAGAGACAGUUGGUCCUGUCCCCCAGCGGCAGAGUGUCCUACAGGGAAUAGAGUGCCGUUACAUCUAUUUUUUUACAAAAUUUGAUUUCAAACAGUAUAGUGGUGCAAAUAAUAUUCCUAAAUCCAUUUCACCUUAUAGGGCUAAAAACGGUUAAUGUCCAGUGAAUUAUUGUGCAAGCUAACUGUGUAAACCUUUACAAUCAGAGUUUAAAGGAGCACUAUAGUGCCAGGAAAACAAACUCAUUUUUAUGGCACUAUAGGGUUAUUAGGUACCCUCCCCUUCCUUAUGGCCCCCCCACCCGCUUGGCUGUAGGGGUUAAAACCCCUUCAACCACUUACCAUAAUCCAGUGCCUGGCUCCCACGGCGCUGGUGACCUCUCCUUCCCCUGCCGACGUCAGCUCCAAAUGCGCAUGUGCGCGCCUGCUCGCCUUCAGACAGCCCAUAGGAAAGCACUACUCAGUGGUCCUUUAAGGAUGAAAGAGUUGAGAACAGUUUUGAUAUCCUUGAAUUGUGCCUGAUCUGUUCCCUAAGGCUCGCAAUAGCUGCUGUGUAUAUCCAAGUAAUGUAGUUAUAGCUGCACAUGUAGCUCGAACUACAGGUAUUUGCAUGUCUUUCAAUAAGUAAUUUGAGUUGUCUGACCCAUGGAGCCGUUACCCAAAGUGAAAUCUAAUGCAGGAUGUGUUGAUAAUAUUUAUGUGAACAUAAUGUCACAGGACAGACGGUAAUUUUAUAUUCUAAAGUAUACUAGAUGCAUACUUGCAAAAACAGAAUAGUCAAGGAUAUAAUCUUUCAAUGUAGGGUAAUAACUGCUUGAUCCAAGGAUAAAUCUGACUGCCAUUCUGGGGUCAAGAAGGAUUUUUUUUUUUCAAGCUUGUUGCAAAAUUGGAAGUGCUUUAAACUGGGUUUUUUGCCUUCUUUUGGAUCAACAGCAAAAAACAAAUGUGAGGUAGGCUGAACUUGAUGGACGCAAGUAGCCAUAAAAUGUUUUCAGAGUUAGUUUGCAGGAAUUCUCCCUUUAACUUACUGGUUACAUGUUGCACUGCCCCACAUUUUAGUAGGAAAUGGUGGUCUACAUAAGUAGUAUACUGCAGGUUUAAUCAGUAUGUUUGUCACCACAAAAUAUAUAAACAAUCCUGUUUUACAGCUGAAGAACAAAGGAAUGAUCAAUUACUGCUUUGACUACAAUCCUCCAAAUGAACAUGAUGUCACAGGACAGAAGGUCAUUUUAUAUCCCUGUCAUGGAAUGGGUCAAAAUCAGGUAAUACAUUUCCUCUUUAUAUGAGCACAGGACUUGAAUGUCAAUUUAUGAGCAAUCCCAUGGUUAAAAAAAAUAAAAAAAAAAUAAAAAAUAUAUAUAUAUAUAAUUUGUUUAACCCCUUAAGACCGCAGGGAGUUCUAUGCCGUCCUUAUUUAGAUGGCUCUAAACGCCGCAGGGCGGCAUAGAACGCCCUGCGAUCUUUUGUACUUACCCGGUCACCGGCGAUCGCGGUAUGGGGACUUACCUGGGAGCCCAGGGAGUCCCCCUCCGUCCUCUUAGGCCCCCCUGGGCCAUGUGAUCGCGAGGUCCUUGCAAUCACAUGGACAGGGUCUGGCUGGAAAUAAAAUUUAAAAGAUGUUAAAACAGUGUAAAAUUAAAUAAUAUAUACUUAGAUAGAUAGAUAGAUAUAGAUAUAUAUAUAUAUAUAUAUAUAUAUAUAUAUAUAUAUAUAUAUAUAUACACACACACACUGUCUAUAAAAUACACGUGCAAUGAUAUUGAUUAUAUAUAUAUAUAUAUAUAUAUAUAUAUAUAUAUAUAAAAAUAAAUAUAUAAAUACGUUAAAAAAUAAAAUUAAAAAAAUAAAUAGAUAAAUAUACAUGCGUAAAUUCGUUCUAACUGUAUUUUAAAAUUAAUAUAUAUUGAUAUCAAAAUACAUGUAGAACGAAAUAAUAUAUAUAUAUAUAUAUGUGUAUGUAUAUAUAUAUAUAUAUAUAUAUAUAUAUAUAUAUAUAUAUAUAUAUAUAUAUAUAUAUAUAUAUAUAUAUAUAUAUAUAUAUAUAGAGUAGAGUAUAUGUAAUAAUUUUACAUAAUUAGGUCAUUUUAUUAAUUACAAUUUGCAAGAACUGCCUGUCAACCCAGGCCGAAAGUUCAGGGAAUUUAAUUUUCUAGCACUAUGUUUAACCCUGUAACUUUCCAAGACACCAUAAAACCUGUACAUGUGGGGUACUGUUUUACUCGGAAGACUUCGCUGAACACAAAUAUUAGUGUUUCAAAACAGUAAAAUGUGUUACGACGACGAUAUCAUCAGUGACAGUGACAUUUUUUGCAUUUUUCACACACAAAUGGCACUUACACUGACGAUAUAAUUGUUGUGAUACAUUUUACUGUUUUGAAACACUAAUAUUUGUGUUCAGCGAAGUCUCCCAAGUAUAACAGUACCCCUCAUGUACAGGUUUUAUGGUGUUUUCAAAAGUUACAGAGUCAAAUAUAAGGCUUGCGCAGGUUUUUCACAUUAAAAUUCGCCAGGUUGCCUUUGAGACCGUACGGUAGCCCAGGAAUGAAAACUACCCCCAUGAUAGCAUACCAUUUACCAUUUGCAAUAAUAGACAACCCAGGGUAUUGCAAAUGGGGUAUGUUCAGUCUUUUUUAGUAGCCACUUCGUCACAAACACUGGCCAAAAUUCGUUCAAAUUAGUUUUUUUUCAUUUUCAAAUAUUAACAGUGUUUGUGACCAAGUGGCUACUAAAAAAGACUGGACAUACUCCAUUUGCAAUACCUUGGGUUGUCUACUUUUGCAAAUGGUAUGCCAUCAUGGGGGUAGUUCUCAUUCCUGGGCUACCAUAUGGUCUCAAAGGCAACAUAACCAAUCUGGCGAAUUUCAAUGUGAAAAAACCAGAAAAUGUAACAUGCUAUAUUUGACCCUGUAACUUCCCAAAACACCAUAAAACCUGUACAUAGGGGGUACUGUUUUACACGUGAGACAUCGCUGAAUACAAGUAUGUGUAUAGUACUGCAGUAAAAGUAAACAGUAUUUUGACAUUCACAGUUAAAAUGUCAUGUAGAACUAAAAAUUUGUAAAAAAUUAUUUUCUCCCAUUUUUUUUAAUAUUUUUUUCAUAUUAAAUUAUGUUCCAUACCUAAAUAUUUGAUGGUAAAUGAAAGCCCUGUUUCCCCUGAAUAAAAUGAUAUAUAAUAAGUGUGGGUGCAUUUAACCCCUUAACGCCGUUACGGCGUUCUAUGCCGUCGCGGCUUUAAAGCCGUUGCGGCGGCAUAGAACGCCCUAACUACUUAAGCCCUCAGGACCUCAGCGGUACUUACCUCCUGCUGCUGCCUGGCAGCCCUCCUCCGGCACGUGAGGCCCCCGGGGGCCAUGUGAUCGCUCUCAAAGAGCGAUCACAUGGCCCCCUAUAGCUGGCUGUGGAUCUGCCAGCAGGGGGGCUGUCUGAAAUAUCUGGUGGAAAGUGUAAAAAAUAAAAAUAAAAAAAAAUAAAAAAAUUAGACAUGUGUAAAAAUAAAUUAAAAGUAUUUAUAUAUAUCUCUAUAUAUAUAUAUAUAUAUAUAUAUAUAUAUCUCUAUCUAUAUAUCUAUCUCUAUCUAUAUAUCUAUCUAUAUAUAUCUCAUCAUACAAAGUGUAUUUUAAUACUAUUAGUAUAUAUCUUAAUAUUAAAAUACACUUAGAAUGACGUUUUUUAUAUAUAUAUAUAUAUAUAUAUAUAUAUAUUUAUAUAUAUACAUAUAUACAUAUACACACACACACACGUAUAAUUACAAUAAUAAAUAAAAUAAUAAAAUAAAUUAAAAUAUUGAAACAAAAUUUAAUAUAAAUUAUAUAUUCAUAUGUAAUUUCAUUCUAACUGUAUUUUGUUAUUAAUAUAUAUAUAUUGGUAACAAAAUACUUAGAAUGACAUUCUAUAUAUAUCUAUCAAUAUAUAUAAUACAAAUAACUGCAAUAUAUAGAUAAAUACAUAUAAUUACAUUAGUAUACACGUAGAAUUUAAAUACCUAUAAAUGCAUAUAUAUUAAAAUUCUACGUGUAUAGUUAAGUAAUCUUUUAACAUAAUUAUGUGAUUUCAUUAAUUAAAAUUUGAUUGACAUGCCUGACAACACAGGGAGAAAGUGCAUUUUUUACAAACAAACGGCCCUUUUAUGGACUAUAUUAUUGUUGUAAUAUGUUUUACUGUUUUGAAACACUAAUAUUUGUGUUUAGUGAAGUCUCCCGAGAAUAACAGUACCCCCCAUGUACAGGUUUUAUGGUGUUUUGGAAAGUUAGAGAGUCACAUAUAAGGCUUGCAUUUUUAUUUUUUUGACAUUGAAAUUUGCCAGAUUGGUUAUGUUGCCUUUGAGACCGUAUGGUAGCCCAGGAAUAAGAAUUACCCCCAUGAUGGCAUACCAUUUGCAAAAGUAGACUACCCAAGGUAUUGCAAAUGGGGUAUGUCCAGUCAUUUUUAGUAGCCACUUAGUCACAAACACUGGCUAACUUUGGCCAAUGUUUGUAACUAAGUGGCUACUGAAAAAGACUAAACAUUCCCCACUUUCAAUACCUUGACUUGUCUACUUUUUCAAAUGGUAUGCCAUUAUGGGGGGUAAUUCUCAUUUCUGGGCUACCACACCGUCUCAAAGGUAACAUUACUAAUCUGGCAAAUUUCAAUCUGAAAAUGGAAUGUUCUAUAUUUGACCCUGUAACUUUCCAAAACACCAUAAAACCUGUUAAUGGGGGGUACUGUUGUACUCGUGAGACAUCGCUGAUUAAAAAUGUGCCUUUUUUGCAGUAAAACCUAACAGUAUUAUGACAUUUACAGCUAAAAUGUGAGGCAGCACUACAAAUUACAAAUGUAAAAUUUCACAGUUUUUUUAAAUUUUAUUCAUAAUACAUUAUGUUUGAUAUAUAAAUAUUUGAUAAAAAAUGAAAGCCCUGUUUCUCCUGAACAAAAUGAUAUAUAAUAAGUGUGGGUGCACAUAAUACAAAAGAGGUGAAUUACGGUUGAACAGACAUAUAGCGCAAAUUCCAGUUUUUGUUUGUUUUGUUUUGAUCAGAACGUGUACUAUUGACUCCGUCCUGAAGGGGUCAGAACAGCACUUUUUGUACAUAACCCCCUCAGAGCUAUGUCCAAACUGCCCCAUACAGAAUGGGGAAAAAACAUUUAGUGCAAUACUGUUUAAACACUUUUAUACAGUCCUCUGAAGUUCUUAUUACCCUCAGAGCCAGGAUUUUAAGGCUCUGAAUAAGGUGAGCAAUAUACCUCCAUGAUUUUAAUAAAAGUACUACACAUUGGUUGCCUCUUUUCUUUUCACUGAGAGUGUUUGAUUAGACCGCAGGAGUUGUGAGAUGCUACCCUUAAAGCAUGGGAACGUCAUUUACUGAGCCAAUUCAUAUAGGCUUUGGUACAUGGUACAUGCAGGGCCCCUCUAUAAAAUAUUAUUUUAAGUAUGCCGCCGGGCAUUUGGAAUCACUUACAUUGUUGCUCACUAGCGCCCGGUAGGACACAGGUCCGGCGGCAUCCACCAAAUACCGCUCAGCCAGGCCCCCUUCUCCCAGACAUGCACUGCGGCAGCGCGCGGGCGCUUUAAUUCUUCGCUCCUGCCCCUUCCCUUGUAUGUGUGGAGAAGUGGGCGGGAGCAUAACAGGAAAUGUGCAGAGAAAGGAUGUGAUGGGCAGCCAGGCGCAGGCAAUAAACAGCAAUGAAGUUAAGGUAUGUCAGAGAAUGUGGGUUAGUCUGCUUCAGUCAGUAUGCUUAUGUAUGUCAGUCUGUAUGGUCAGUGUGUCUGUAUGGGUCAUUGUGUGUCUGCAUGGGUCGAUGUGUGUGCCUCCAUGGGUCAGUGGGUCUAUGUGUGUGUGUCUGCAUGAAUCAGCGUGUAUACGAGUCUGUGUGUGUCAGUCUACAUGGGUUAGUGCGUGUGUGUCAGUUUGCAUGGUUAGUGUGUGUCUACUUGAGUCAUCAUGUAUGUUAGUCUGCAUGAUUCAGUGAAGCAAAUGAGGCAGCAAAUUUGUUUUCGCCUAGGGCGCCAAAAAUGCUUGCACUGGCCCUGGGUACAUGUGAGUGGUCUGACUUCUUUCUACUUAUGUUUUGUAUGCACGUAGCUAUCAUCUGCACUCUAUAUUUCUCAGCUUUUAUUUUUGGGUUUGAGAUAUACUUCUACAAGGGUAAGCAAACACCAUGUUUAAUUCAGUGUUCCACCAAGGGUAUAAGGUUCCUUGACUUAUACCAUUUUACAUAUUUUCUUGUACAUGCUGUGUGGGAGGGAGGGUUUUUUCCACAAUAAUGUUUUGUUUGAGCUGCUGUUUGGAUUGUUCACACUAAGUGCUUUUGAUCUUUACACACUCCCUCCAUUUGGAGUUUUACUAUUAAAAUCUGAUUUGGCAUUGCAGGCUUUGAAUUUCUGCAGAAUUAAAGCUGCCGGGAUACUAAAAUCCAGGCCCAAAUUCUUAAAAUUAUGCCUUGGAUUUUAAAAAUAUCAUAGCUAUUUGCUAAUGCUGCCAAUGGGCCUAGCAAAUAGUUAAAAAAAAUAAGCACAUAAGGGACCAUUGUCCACAAGUCCCCCCCAAAAACUUAGGACCAACCAGAAUACAGGUCCCUAGCCACCCAUCCGCAGUACAAAAAUUAAUUCCUACCACCUCACUCUAAUAAUAGUAAUACAUCUAAUACCUGUAAAUUUACCUUCAUAAGUCUUUUCUUCAGCCCCACAAAUGUCCAAGAAAAAAAAACCCAUAAUAAACCGUCAUUACUAUUAAAAAAACAAAAAAACUGACGAACAAAUAAAACUAGGCAAGUCUUGUCUCUUAUGAGGCUGUUUAGUAGAUAUCCCAUUACACACAGCAUGAUGAGUGGGGGCAUAAGGAAGGUGUAAAACCUCCUUUAUACUAAUAUGUAUGUAUACACUUUUUUUUUUUAACUAUUUAACACAUUUUAAUGUGGCUGCAAAUGUAAUGUCUCAUGUCUCAUUUUAAUGUGGCUGCACAUGUUUGCAAUUGUCUCAUUUAUUUUUAAAUCUCCCCCUUUUAUAAUAUUGUAAAGUGUUGCAGAAUAAAUUGGCGCUAUAUAAAUACCAAUAAUAGUGAUCAUCCUAGGAUCUGCUUUAUACUACAAAUCAUAUCUCAGGUUUGUUAGGUGCUCGAGAGGUUUCUACCUAUAAUUGCAUCCUAAUACCUACUGAAACAAGUUAUGUAGAUUUUAGUGUCUGUUCCCUUGUGGUAUUUUUUGCCACUUGUUACCCUUAUUUUAUUGCUGACCUUGCCUUUGCCUACAUAUUACCUAGGUCGAUUGAUCAGCAAUCUAUAGUCAAUAUGAUGGUAAUGUUUUGACAUAGCUUCUUAUGUACCUUGCCUACUCUAGAUGUCAUGGUUUUUACUUUCCUUCUUUGGCUAAUCAUAUUUAAUUAGUCCUUGAUGCUAGCAUUUGUCAUUAACAAGGUCUUUUAUUUUCCCAUCAUUGCAUUAUCCUACUAUUCCAGUGAUCUUCUCAUUUCAGAUGAUUUUAGGCUGUGCCUUUUCUUCCAUUCAGGUAUAGGUCAGUUGUAGCCAUGACUAUAGCAUGGGAAGUGGGAUAUUGCUAUUUGGUGGUCCUUUUUUUUUCCCAUUUUAAAUAAACAUUUACUGUCUUGUUUUUCAGUUCUUUGAAUACACAUCAUAUAAUGAAAUACGCUACAACACCCGACAGCCUGAAGGCUGUGUAACAGCAGAUGCAAAUACAGACCAUCUAACAAUGUAUUUAUGUCGGGAAAAUGGUCAAAAAGUUCCUGAAAAUCAGGAGUUUAUUUUCAGAAAGGUACCAUUUUUUUCACCACAUCUAAAAUGAAUAUCAUGUUAUCGUGAAGCGUUAAAACUAGGCUUAAAGGACCACUCUAGGCACCCAGACCACUUCAGCUUAAUGAAGUGGUCUGGGUGCCAGGUCCAGCUAGGGUUAAUCCAUUUUUUCAUAAACAUAGCAGUAUUAGAGAAACUGCUAUGUUUAUAAAUGGGUUAAGCCUUCCCCUAUUUCCUCUAGUGGCUGUCUCAUUGACAGCCACUAGACGCGCUUGCGUGCUUCUCACUGUGAUUUUCACAAUGAGAGCACACCAGCGUCCAUAGGAAAGCAUUAUGAAUGCUUUCCUAUGUGACCGGCUGAAUGCGCGCGCAGCUCUUGCCGCACGUUCGCAUUCAGCCGCAUGGGAGGUGAAGAGGAGGAUCGGAGAUGGAGAGCUCCCUGCCCAGAGCCGGGCAGGAGGGGGACCCUGAGGGUGGGGGCACCCUCAGGGCACUAUAGUGCCAGGAAAACAAGUGUUUUUUAGGUUUAAAGCGAUCAGCCUUAGAAUGAUUACAUUUGGGAAUAAUGAAAGAGUUUGUUUAGGUUUUGGUAGGAGUUACAUUUAUUGUCAGACAAAAGGUUGUUUAGCACAUGUGGAGGUUGAAUGGUUGUUUGCAAAGUACUCACUUUGUUUUCAGUCAUGGCACCCCCCUAUUAUUUAUUGUUGAGCUGCUAGACAUUAAAAUACCAGUAUAAUGGUGCAAUGUUUGGAAGUUGCAGAUUUCCAUCAUUUCUCAAACAUCAUAAAAUAAAACAUAAUAAAAUGACAAACAUAGCAAUGCCUUUCCCAUUAGUAUAUAAAAGAGUAUAAUGUAGAUGUCAGGGAUGUGUAAUUUAUAUUGUCUGAUGCCCAGUACAUGCAGUUCUGGGUGCCAGGCAGGCAAUAGGACUGCUACAAGGAGGACAGUGUCUGUGGCAUGGCAUGUGAGCAUAAUAAUGUUAGUGCCUGCAGACCUCAGUAAACUUCAAAUCCCUGCAUUGUGCUCUCUGCUGAGUUCAAGCGCAUUGCAGCCUCCAGCAUGUACUCUGUGACUCGGUGAGUGCAUGUGCUCCACGUAUUGAAGUCUGAUUUGGCUUAAGGGUUGGUGAGAGGAGGAGAUCCAGCACACACCACAUACAACCUGCACGCACGCACAACCAGUACACACUAGACAUGCACAGCAUGCAACCAUCACACACCAGACACAACCAGACCAUAGAGCCUGCAUAAACAUAGGAACAGCACACUUCCUCCUGUACUAUAUGCAAGCCUGUUCCCAGUAAUCUCUUAAAGGACCACUAUAGGCACCCAGACCACUUCAGCUCAAUGAAGUGGUCUGUGUGCCAGGUCCCUCUAGUUUUAACCCUGCAGCUGAAAAUAUAGCAGUUUCAGAGAAACUAUGUUUCACUAAAGGUUAAUCCAGCCACUAGUGGCUGUCUCACUGACAACCGCUAGAGGAGCUUCUGCGAUUCUCUCUGUAAAAAUCACAGUGAGAAGACGCUAGACGUCCAUAGGAAAGCAUUGAGUAAUGCUUUCCGAUGGGCAGUUAGAAUGCGUGUGCGGCUCGGACGUCGGCAGGGGGAGGAGGGGUCACCGGGGCCGAGGUUUUUAACCCUUCAGCCCAGCGGGAGGGGGGCCCUGAGGGUGGGGGGAACAUAAGGACCCUGUAGUGCCAGGAAAAAGAGUUUGUUUUUCUGGCAAUAUAGUGGUCCUUUAAGAUAGUCAGACAUCAGAAUAUAUUUUUGUUUUUAUAAUUAAUCACGUGGUUUUUUUUUUACGCAUACAAAUGUGCUAUUUUGUUCCCAUUGACACUGUGAUCUAGAGAGCAUUAACCCCUUAAGGACACAUGACGGAAAUAUUCCAUCAUGAUUCCCUUUUAUUCCAGAAGUUGUGUCCUUAAGGGGUUAAGCAAAUGUAAGAGAUGCAACCUACUUGUUUGUGAACUAAUUACAAUAUUUUAAUUGCUUUCCAGGAUGGUAGUUUAUUACAUCAACUAACAGAAAAGUGUGUGCAAGCUGAGCGAAACUCCGAAAAUGGAAACUCAGAACCUGUAUUAAGACCAUGCUCCGACACAGACUACCAGAAAUGGUUUUUCCAGGAGCGGAGCUGAGAUAAAAGGAGAUAAUCAGAAAUUUUAACUAAUCACUGGAUGAUUUUUUUUUUUUUUUUUAAAUGAUAUAUAUAUUAUGGUGUUGCUGGCAAACAUUUUCCUUUUUAUUGGAAUAAAUGUUGGGAUCAUUAAAUUUGUUUACUUUCAUGCUCACAGUACCAUUUAAAUAGAUCAGGAGGUUGAAAGCUUUAA